UCUCACACACCCCACCACCCAAGAGGUUCAUUUUGUCAAUCAAAUUCAUUUCAAAUCACUCUAACACACACUAUUACCCAUCAAUUUCCUUGGACGGGUUUUCGAAAAGCUUCCUCAUUUCUGCCCAGAAACCAACGCAAAAAGGGUUCUUUAUUAUGCCAUUCCUCUCUUCUUUCGCCUUCCAUCUCUGUCUCUACUCCUCCAACACAAUGGCCAUCAAGAAACCCCUCAACCUUGUUUUCUUCAUUUUUCUUGUUUCACUCCCAUUUGUUCAAUCCGAGUUCAAGAAAACCACUCUUCAUUUCCUUAAGGUUGUUUUUCGCUCUGUUAAGUCUCAAACAAACACACAGGUUGCAAGAUUUGGGAAUGAAGCUGCUUCUUCUACUGGCACGGUUGAAGACUCAGCAAGAGAAGUUCCAACGGGACCUGACCCUCUUCAUCACAAUAAUCACCCUAUAGGCCAUUGAGUUCCCUUCCUUCAAUAUAUGCUUAUUCCACUCUUUGUUUUUAUCUUAUAUUUCCAUUAAUGGUUCAAUGUCAUAUCAUCAUUUAAGUGCUAUACGACCUUUAUCUUCUGCAAUGUGCUUACUUUUGUAUAUAAUCAGAAAAGGUUAUACUUA